AGAUAAUCUCCACUUCUAGCCUGUCCACGUCAGCAAAAAUAAUCCUCCAAUCAAAACAUUUCAUUUUACAUGUCACCCUCGAAAUUGGUUUUAUUUUGGGUUUUUUCUUAACAAUUUAAACAGCCCAUUAAGCCCAAAAUGCCUCCCUUACGCUCCCCUCAAAUGCCGAACCUGCGUCUCUGUCCUCAACGCCUUUGCUCGCGUCGAUUUCGCCGCCAAGAUCUGGAUCUGCCCUUUCUGCUUCCAGCGGAACCCUUUCCCUCCUCACUACCACAUGAUCUCCGAGACCAAUCUCCCCGGCGAGCUUUGCCCUCUGUACACCACCGUUGAAUAUGCGCUUCCUUCCACCGCCGGCCAAUUCGAUCCCAGAACAGGCGCUGCUCCGCCUCAGAUGCCUCCUCCUGUGUUCGUGUUUGUUCUCGAUACGUGUAUGAUCGAGGAGGAGUUGGGGUUCGCUAAAUCUGCACUUAAGCAGGCGAUUGGGUUGCUUCCGGAGAAUGUUUUGGUGGGGUUUGUCUUUUGGGACGCAGGCUCAUGUUCAUGAGUUGGGAUUCUCGGAGAUGUCUAAAGUUUUUGUCUUUAAAGGGAAUAAAGAAGUGUCUAAGGAUCAGGUUUUGGAUCAGUUGGGGCUUUCCUCGAGGAGAGCUCCCACUUCUGGGUUUCCCAAAGGAGCGCAAAAUGGGUUCCAGAGUGCUGCUGGUGUCAACAGGUUCUUGCUGCAUGCCUCGGAUUGUGAAUACACACUGGACUUGUUCCUCCUCAGCUACUCUCAAUUAUGACGGCAUGAAGAAGAUUGACUCAGUGACACUAUCUGAGUUGAAUUUUCAUGACCUUAGUUCACCACCCAAGACUGUCGAGUUCCUAUGUACUAGGGAUGUUGGCAGUAUUGAAACAGCAAAUGGAUGGUGCUGUGUCUCCUGCUCCAAGUUCUCAUCCUGCACGUGUGCGCCCUGCCAUGAUGAAAAUGCGGUUGGAGUUGCAAGGUACCGGAUAGAGAUGUUAGUUACUGAUGUAUCUGACACUGCCAUGUUCGUAGCUUUUGAUGGUGAGAUGAAAAAGUUGACCAGUGGUCCUGCUGUAGCAGCAUCCAUGAUAACAUAGCUGAAACCUGAACAAGUUGACCAGUGGUCUUGCUGCAGCAGUUUCAGCGUCCAUGGUAACAUAGCUGAUACCGUAAGUGUUGAGUUAUUGUUUCUUAAUUUAAAACCUCCUCCUCUGUAAUGUCUUUCAUCAUAUAAAGUCCUGAGAGCCUAGGAGGGCAGACCCACAUAACUAGCCCCUUCCACAAUGCUUCAUAGAUAUUGUGGGGAGGACCAUUACAUUCCAGCUUAAGCUUUCACAUUAAAAAUUCACAUCAAAGCAUCAGUCUUUCACCAUAGCUCGCAUAUUUGAUCGUAAGUCGUAACCAACGUCCCUCCCCCCCUCCCCCCCCCCCCUCUCCUAAUUUUACUGUCUAGGUUUGCUGUCUUACUUUAAAAGCUAUCUUACUCUAUUACAUUUCUAAUUGCUCUAUUCACUAACACCUCCACAUGGUGUUGAUGACAAUCUGUGAUGAGAGGAGUUGUGAAAAAUGUCUCGCAGCAGGUGGACAGAUUGGUGUUCCUGUUAAUAGCCCAGAAGUGCGUAACAAUGGCUUUGUUGUAGGCCAUCGUGGAGAGGUUCCACAACUGAGUGAUCUCCCGGUUGUGACUGACCCAACUUCUGAGGAGUCUCAAGCUGAUGAAGAUGGACGUUGGGCAUGCAUUGUUAAACUUGCGAGCUGACGUGUACAUGUUAUUGUUGUCUACUUCAGACGUAUCUCUACUAUCAAGUUUUUCUUAAAUUUCAUUUUCGACAUUAAUAAGUCAUACUUGAAUGCAUUGUCCUGUUUUAAAAGAUGAAUUUGUUUGUUUAAAAUUUACUUACCCAACAA